UCAAACAAAAUGAUUAUGAUGUGUAUCUUCCCACCAGCUCGGAAAUCUAGUCAGACAGCACCUGAGCCAGAACCAGCGAUUAGUAAUAAUGAAGCCAUCAAUAAAACAUUCGUUAACCGAAACCCAAGAAACCUGGAAGAGAUGGCCCUUGCAGUGAAGGAUCGGGGCUGGGCUACAGUGUGGCCCUCUAAACAAUAUUAUCAAAGGUUGGUGUUCAGGCGCACACAGCAUCACAUCACAGCUGAGGUGUACUCAAGUGACUCAAUAGAUCCAGUGCUGUCCUGCUCCACGAAGGAGUGGGCAUUGAAGCGUGAGCUGGGCUCCACACGGUCUGUAGCAGCUUGCCGUGCCGUAGGAGAGGUGCUUGCUCAGCGGUGUCGUGAGGCAGGGAUCACGCGGAUCGUUUAUCGAGAGGUACCGUGGAAGUUUCGCUCGGAGUCGAAUCAGACAUUCUGGACGGCUAUGAAAGAGGGCGACGUCAUGCUUAGUGAACAAAGGCAAAAAUUCAUUUAAGUUGCCGCAUCAAUUUUUUUUUAUUAUUAUUACUGUUCUGAAAUGUGGCUUUUGUAUGUAAAUAUAAAUAUUCUCACAUUCAAACUGUGUAUUCAUUGAGUCGAUUACAUAGGGGUCCUCAACACGUUAUACCAGUUUGAUUAUUGGGAUAGAAAUCUUUGG